CGUGUUGUAGAACUUUCAAUUCUCAAAUCAUACCAGUACGAGUACCGGCCCAAUUCUUAUCCGGUACGGUAUGGUAUGCUACGAUCCAUUUUAAUAUCUCUGUACAGAUCCGUCCGCCCAACAAGUCCGAUUGCUUAGGAUCGAUAAUAUUGAGAUCACUAUCACUAGGAACCACAAUAUACCAUGGCAGCAGCUCUACCGUAAGUAAAAUUUAUUUUGCGUCGCCGUGGAUGAUGAUUUUUGUCACUUGAUCAUCGGACUCACUGUCCCAUCCCCCCCCGCGCGCAUCGAUCGAUCUUCUUGCUAUUUUUCUGUUUUGCGUUUGCGACUCCGAAACAGAAUUACAAAGUUGGCGGCUCUUGUGGUAAAGACCCUUGCCAAGGUGAGUCUUCGCGACAUGGAGUUGAGAUCAUAGUCGGUUGCGUUGCGUAUACAGAUCGAGCAAAUCUGCAUCGGUUCGCACCCCGCUCACAGAAAUGCUGCCGCCACCGUCGACGCAUUGCUCUUGUAGCCCUUAUCGAAGAGCAUCAAAAACAAUUUUCGCGAGAACCAAGCCGCGAAGAAAGUGCUCAUUAGCAUCGGGCAAACCAACCAUACGGUAACAUCGUACAUGACGAUCUGGGCGUCGGGGUAUCGCGUCAGGAGCAUCAAACCCAUCGAGGCCGAAAAGGCUCUCAAAGAUGGAGCCGAAAUUGCCGGCGAGAGUUUCGUGGUUGCCGUGACUGCUGCCACUGUCAUUUUUGAAUACAACCGUAGCUCCAAGAGUGCCGCAAGAAAAGCUGAGGAGAAGCGGGAACGAAUACGAGAGGACCAAAAGAAACUAAACGCCAAACUGAACGCACUCGAUAUCCGGCUCAAGGCUAUCGAAGAUUUGGUCCGCCAACAACAGAGGAUAGAGGACAAGAAAUCUCUGUUGACACAAAUAGUACCGGUUGGUGGCACAGAGAAAGCAAAAUACGUCGAGCCUCCUAAAGAACAGCUGGUUCCGAUAAUCGACAACGACGAAGAUGUUAGUGCUACCGGAAUUAACGAAGAAUCUGACAGCGUAAAGGAGAGACAAGUUGCGAUUGAUUCAUCGAGAACACCUUCCGAGAAAGAGAAUGAUCAAAAGCAAUCGCAUUCAUCGUGGUGGAAAUUUUGGUAGAGAAUCCUUCAAACCAAAUGCUUCAUUAGUAGAUUAAACCACCAGUUGCGUCGAGCUUAUUAGAUUUUAAGCGCCUUGGUAGUUUCGUUAAUAAAACCAGGCUUUCAAACCUUUCCAUACACAAAUCACCGCUUUUGCUACUGGAAUAUGCUUGUGUUGGUGCAGACAUAAAUCACUACCGUUCCCGUCCCGAGUCACAUUUCUAGAGGAAUAUCAGGGUUAUUGUUCGUUCAGUUUUCUUUCGCACUGAUUUUGCCGCGGCCACGCAAUAUAAAGGUAAGAAGCACCAUGACAAAAAUCACGCCGGCGGGGAAUGCGAAACUGUUCGAAUCAAAAUUCCCACGAAGGCGCAGACUCUUCUCAUGCAAACCCUGUGGGACAGCAUAGAAUUUAUCUAUCUUUUGCUCCGAACGAUCACUAUAGUGAUUCUUCUUUUCUUUCGGGGCGCCUGUUCCAUUCAUUGGAUCGUCCAUACCGUGUGCAUCAUCGUCGUUCCCGCCCUCGUUCAAAUCGGCGUCCGAUGAUUUUUCGCCAUCGUCAGUGCUGCCGGCCUUUUCGUCAUCGCUGCCACUCGGUGAUUGUUCACCACUGUUUGUCCGUUCUACCUCGCAUUCCAGAAAUUUAUCUAUCAACGGAAAGUUAUCUUCGAUAUACUUGGGACCAUUGUAGAU